AAUGCCAUCAACAACAGGUGCCCAAACCCCAUAUCCACCCCCUGAUGGAGGAUGGGGCUGGGUUGUGGUUGGAGCAGCUUUUAUCUCCAUUGGAUUUUCAUAUGCAUUCCCCAAAGCCAUCACAGUAUUCUUCAAAGAAAUACAGCAAAUAUUCCACAGUACCUACAGUGAAAUAGCAUGGAUAUCAUCCAUUAUGCUGGCUGUUAUGUACGCAGGAGGUCCCAUAAGCAGUGUUUUGGUGAAUAAAUAUGGCAGUCGGCCAGUGGUGAUGGUAGGAGGUGUACUAUGCUCUUUGGGCAUGAUCGUGGCCUCUUUUAGUACCAGCGUAGUACAGCUUUACCUCACUGUGGGAUUCAUUGGAGGUUUAGGUUUAGCCUUCAACCUGCAACCGGCCUUAACAAUAAUUGGCAAAUACUUCUAUAAGAAACGACCCAUUGCAAAUGGAUUGGCCAUGGCAGGAAGCCCUGUUUUCUUAAGUUCAUUGGCUCCUUUCAAUCAGUUCCUAUUUAAUACUUAUGGCUGGAAGGGAAGUUUCUUGAUUUUGGGAGGUAUACUUUUGAAUUGCUGUGUAGCUGCGUCACUAAUGAGACCCCUUGGACCCACACAAACUACUUCUAAGUCUAAAAAGAAGACUGGCAUAAGAGCGGAAGAUUCAGAUGUGAAGAAAACCCAUGAGAAGAAAACAAUAUGGGAAAAAGUUAAUAAGUAUUUAGAUUUCUCCCUUUUUAAGCACAGGGGAUUUCUGAUAUACCUAUCUGGAAAUGUCAUUAUGUUUCUAGGAUUUUUUGCCCCCGUUAUAUUCUUGGCUCCAUAUGCUAAAGAUAAGGGAAUCGAUGAGUAUUCUGCAGCUUUCUUGCUGUCAGUUAUGGCUUUUGUUGAUAUGUUUGCUAGGCCUUCUGUAGGAUUCAUUGCAAACUCCAAAUAUAUCCGACCCCGAAUCCAGUACUUCUUCAGUUUUGCAGUCAUGUUCAAUGGAGUAUGUCAUCUCUUGUGUCCACUGGCACAGAACUACACAAGCCUGGUGCUAUAUGCUGUAUUUUUUGGCCUUGGAUUUGGGAGUGUUAGCAGUGUCCUCUUUGAAACUCUCAUGGACCUUGUCGGUGCUCAAAGGUUUUCCAGUGCUGUGGGACUUGUCACAAUUGUAGAAUGUGGCCCCGUUCUUCUGGGCCCUCCUCUUGCUGGUAAAUUGGUGGAUGUAACUGGAGAGUAUAAAUACAUGUAUCUAGCCUGUGGGGCUGUUGUGGUAACAGCAAGUGUGUGGCUGUUCAUUGGCAAUGCUAUAAACUAUAGGUUACUUGCAAAGGAAAAGAAGGAGGAACAAAGAGGGGAGAAGAAAAUACAAACUCUCGAGUCUGGAGAAUCUGAACACUUAAGCAGAUCAAAACAGUCUGAAGACAUUGACGUCAAAGUUUUGAAAGCACAGAGUACUCCCACAGAAAGAGAAACUAAUAUUUAAGAAGAAGCCCAUCUCUGAUUUCGGUGUUUAUGUAUUUUCUUAGGAAUUUGUUCUUGCUUUGGUUUUUGUUUUUCAAAACAUUUGGAAGUUCUUUGUUGAAAUAGGGAGUCACAAUUAACGAUGGAGAUUAGAUUUUCCUCAAUACCAAAUUUUAAAUUAGUUUUAAAAAACUUAUUUGGGUAAAUUUGAGAUUAUGCAUAUAAAGAAUUCAUGCAAUAGGUUUAUUGCCAUACAUGACUCUGGGAUUGGUGGUUAAAAUACUAAUCUUAAAGUCUUUCAGUGACUUCGAGUCUAGGUUACAUAGGGAGAUCUGAAUCCCAUACCCCUUUGGUUUGGUGAGAAAAACAAACUUGAAUGAAUUUUAAGUAGUUAGAAGGAGUAUGUUUAAUCCCAUAAAAUGGCACUCUUCACAUUUUAAUUCUUAUUUUGUAUUAAAGUAUGAAAUUGAAGGAAAAUUAAUUCUCCCCUCACACACCUACUUAUAUACACACACACACAUACAUACUCUCACAUACUUAUCUGCAUGUACACAGAGUAUCUGGAAAACAAAAACCAAAUUCAAGAAUUUUACUACAUUAAUUUAUUUUUUUAAAGUAAAAAAAUAUUCAUGGAGACAAAAGAAAUGUAUUAUAUCUGCAUGCUACUUUACAAUGUGGAUUUUAAAGACAAGCACAUGGGUAAAAAUGACAAUGAUCUUAACUUGAAAAUGCAACUGACUCCUAUAAAACUGUUUGUAUAUAUAAAAUAAGUUUGAUAAUGAAAAGAGAAAGAACUCCAUUUUGAACUAUUAUUUCUGAGCACUGUGAAGCUUGAUUAAUCCAUGUGCAUUAUUUCUUUGCAGGGAAGGGGGCAGGAAGGACAUUAGUACCUGGUGCUAGAGAAUAGAACCAUUAGAAAUAUUAGAUAAACAUUUUCAAAAUUCUUACCUAAUAUGUAAAUCAAAUUUAAAGUCUGAAUGACUCCUAGCAAUGAGCUAUAUUCACUGAUUUUAAAAGGAUUUUAGUUGAUAACUCAGAAAGUAAUAACUGGGGAUUUCUUUUAAUCAGGCUUCAAUCCAGAUUCAUUGUCAUACUGAAAUACCAAAGCAGAAUAAACUAGAAUCUUAGCUGCCAGGUUUAUAAAUAGACCAAAUUCUAAUUUUUUUCAACACAUAGUAGUGAUCAGAGGCUACUGUUAUGAGUAAUCUGAGUAUAGCUGACUGACAGUGGCAGGUGAUCUUAAUGAGCCCUCUAAGGUCUAUCAGCUAUCUCC